UGACGCAAGCAGUCGCGACGCCAUUUGCUGCGGCUGAGCGUGGGCACAGGCGGAUCUCGGAAGAAGUCGGUUGCGAGACUCUCCCGCGCACGCGACCCGGCCUCGCUUGGCUGUUUGGUACCGUGCGGUCCCACGCGUCGCCCUUGGGGCCCCUCGGAAGAGUCGCUGCUGCCGCCGCCACCACCACCACUCGGAUAGGAGUCGGAAACGCCGGGAGGCCGCCGUCACCGCCAUGCCCAAGAAUAAAGGUAAAGGAGGUAAAAAUAGACGCAGAGGUAAGAAUGAGAAUGAAUCUGAAAAGAGAGAGCUGGUGUUUAAAGAAGAUGGACAGGAAUAUGCUCAAGUAAUCAAAAUGUUGGGAAAUGGACGAUUAGAAGCGAUGUGUUUUGAUGGUGUAAAGAGGUUAUGUCACAUCAGAGGGAAAUUGAGGAAAAAGGUUUGGAUAAAUACCUCAGACAUUAUAUUGGUUGGUCUCCGAGACUACCAGGAUAAUAAAGCUGAUGUAAUCUUAAAAUACAAUGCAGAUGAAGCUAGAAGUCUAAAGGCGUAUGGCGAGCUUCCAGAGCAUGCUAAAAUCAAUGAAACUGAUACAUUUGGUCCUGGAGAUGAUGACGAAAUUCAGUUCGAUGACAUUGGAGACGAUGAUGAAGACAUUGAUGAUAUCUAAAUUGAAUUCAACAUUUUACAUUCCAAUUUCUCUGAGGAUUGUUCCAACAAUUUGGAUUUUGGCUGUGACCUGUUAAAGAAGAUUAAAAUUUAUUAGCAUGAGUGCAAUUUGUUAAAGCAGACUGAUUUGUUUCUAAGGUAUUUCUUGAAAAACCGGUAAUGCCGAAUUCUCUUACAUGAAAUGUUAAGCCCCCUUUGUUCUUUUGAUGUAUUCGAGCUUAUAGGUAAAAGACCACAUCUACUAUUUUUUAAAAAGAGGAGAAAAAUGCAUUACUGCCUUUCCUACUUUGACCACUUCCAGUUAGUAAAUGAAUGUUCCAAAUAAACCAUUUACCGUACAUUCAUUAUGGAUCCUGAUUAAGCCCUAACUUUGACUAGCCUGUUGACCGUACAUUGACUUUCUGUAUAUUCCAGUUACUUAGAUGUUCCCUUGAGAUUUUGAUACAAUUUAAGAGGCAGAAAUCUGCAUUUGAAUUUAAAAAUGAUUAGGUCAGUUUUUCAUAUUUAAGUAGCAUGUGGCUAUUUUUGUACUAAUUUUGAUAUCACUUACGUUCUUUCAUAACCUUAUUUUGCCACUAUAAACAUAUCAACAAAAAAGCAUUUACAAAAUGCAGGUUUUAGGACCUGGGUUUUAAUAGCAGUUUUUAAUUUGUAAGGUUAGUAGUUACAGGAAUCAAACAGUAGGUGGCACCCAGUCAUCUUAACAUUGAAAUAUUGCUAUAGUUGUCCAUUUUUUUUUCUUACUAUGCUUAGGAAAUUUCCCAAACAAGAAAAGAUUGUUUUGAUCAUGUGCAUGUAUGUAGAAAAUUUUUAAAGAACAAAACUAUUGUUAAAAGUGUCAUUUUAUUUCAGAAGUCAUAUACAUAAGCUGCAAUUUUGAGUGCUUUGUAAACACUUAAAGUAUGUAUAAAUGAAAAUUUAAUUUCCUAACAACUGUAUAAUUAAGCUUUUUUCAAACCAUCCCUAAGCUGGUAAAAAAAAAAAAAAAAAAAGGAGCAAAUAACAACUUAUUGAAAAGAUGGUUUCUCAUUUCUGAAUGGAAGAGCUACAGCUGAGAAAUACAAUAAAGACAAUAUCAUGCUGCAGAGUAUAUUAUACCCUUACUUUGUGUUUAGGAUGUAUUUUAUUGUGUGUAAAGAUUUGUUUUGCUUGUAUAUUAUUGGGAAUUUGGAUUUUCUCUUAUUUAGUUUUUUGUUCUCAACUUGACUAAUGUGAAAUUAAGGGCUGGGCUAUUUAUUGGCUAGCUACAUUGAAAUCUUCUGCAACUUCACAAGAAGAGAUCCAUCAUUUAGGCUGUGAAACGUUUAUUCUCCUGGUCUCCAGAGAUGUUUUCAAUGAUGAAAAGUUCUACCAAGGGAGAGAAACCUUCAUGUGGCUUCAAAAAAAUAAGAGUAUCUUCUCCAAUCUCAUGCUUAUUCCUAAGUGUGCAAGCACUGGAAUCAAAAUCUGAGGUACUAUAAAACAUUAAAUCAAAGAAUAGAAAUGAGUGUAUAGUUGCGAUUCAUGUUUCUUAUUCUUUGGAGUUCUGAACACUUACCCAGAUGGAAUGCAUCUGAGACCAUGGGCUGGUUUUUAAUACUUAAAGAAACUAGCAUUGAAGAAUUGACUUAGCGAUUGUCUUUAUCAAAACCUAAACUUCCAAAGAUAUUUAGGCCUCUGUACAAAAAAGUGUUUUGCUAAAUUUGUGGUAUAUAUAGAUCCUUCUUCUGUGUUAUUUUACCAAGAAUGUAGUAACUCUGCCUCUGUGGUAGUUCAUGGUAGGGAUGGUACAACUCACACAUUUUUUUCUGCUUACCUCUUCUAGCAAAUAUGAUUUGUCUCAAGUUUCUUGAAUUACAACUAUGGCCCCCAUUCAUGUGUUUUUUUAGUGAUUUUUUUUUUCCUUGCCUAGGUAAUAACGGCUCAAUCUAGUGCCAUUGCAUCCUGGAAAAUCUCAUACCCUAAUGAUUAUUAAGUGGUUGGUAAAGUUGUAGGUCAUAUGCAACACUGCUUGGAAGAAGUGUUUUACUAACUUGUCUUUAAUGUGAUAUUUGUAUAGAUUUACUGACUUAUUUCAAAUGAGGAAUGGGAGUGGUCCUUAGUUUUUUAGCAUCUGUAUGUGUGUUGUUGAGUUUUUUGUUUGGUUGGUUUUUGGUUUGUGUUUUGUGUUUUUUGGUUAUACUCCUUGAUACUCCUUGAUUCCCAUAACACAAUGCUAUAGGGUAUGCCCUGAAAGAAAAUAAAAUGUUUGAAAUCCAAGAAUAAUGAUUCUUCCUGCUAAGAGGGUAUUAGGUAUUACUAAUGAAUUUUAUGGGCUUGCAUUUUUCAUGCAGUGUUUAUUCUACUUCCAGUUAGAGCAAAAAUAAGUUGUAUUACUAAAAUGGCUCAAUAACCAAAACAAGCAUUUGUGUGAAAAAAAGAUUUGACAGGAUUUAAUUGCUUGACUGUUGAAUCUUUUUUGAACAUCCAGCCUCUUAAGAGGCCACCUUUUAAGGUGCCUGUGAACUAUGCAUGAUGAAAACUCUUGUAUUUUAUUAAGGAUUGGCCAUUGGUUUACUCACCACAUCUACAGAAUAAUCAUGGCUGUGAAUAUAGUUGGUUACAAAACUUGUGACUUGUAGUUUAACUUAAUCUCAUGUAUCUUGUGUAAAUAUUAAAUUAUAGGAUGGUGAAUAACAUCUUUAGUAGAUAGAAACUGCUGUCAGUAUUGACUUCAGAGCAACUGAGUAAUCAAAUAGGUAAAAGCAUGUUUGAAAUAAAAAUACCUAGGUGGAUUUAUACUUUAUUUCUGUUGUUUACAGAUUUUAAAAUAUACAAUAUUAACUAUAACUUUACAGUUAAAGUAUCAGAAUGAAAGUUCUUUAUGUUUACCUGUCAUAACGAUUAAAAAGAUUUGUGUUGGUAGGAAAUGCUUAGAUCUUUAUCCUGCUUAGCAAGAAGAAGUUUCAUUUAUACUGUUUGGACUCCCAUGAACUUUUACACACCAUGUUGUGUUGUUGAUUUACCUUAAACUGUCAUUUUUUUUUUUUUAUCCUUGCUUAUUUCUUCCUACUCAGAAAAGGACAAAAUCUUAAGUCUCACUACAGAUGCAUUAAGACACAAGCUUCUUAGGUACAGAGAGAACCAAGGAAUUUGGAGAGUAUUGGAUUGGGUCCUCUCUUCCCCCCAGCUGCCAGGUAUUUAGGCAGUGUGAUGGAGAGUGAAGAGCUUGGGCCUUGGGGUCAGGAGGCCUUUUCCCCGACCCUUCAUGUUGCCCUUUACCUGCAAGUGACCAUGGGCACCUUCUCUCACUUGUAGGAGUUUCAGGCUCCUCACCUGUAAGAUUGGGAUGAUAAGAAGAGUACCGACAGAAUUGGUGGAAGGGUUGAUUAUGUGUCCAUAUGUGUAAUGCACCUAGAGCAGUGUCUGCCGCUUUUCACUUGGUAUCCAGGACCGUAUAAAAUCGAACAUGCACGUCUUUAUAUUUUCUAUUUGUCAUUUCUUUCACUUGCAGUCUUUGGUUACUAUAAUAAAAAAAAAAAAACUUGUUAUAUAUAUAUAUAUAUAUAUAUAUAUAUAUAUAUAUAUAUAUAUAUAUAUUUUCAUGUCAAUACAAUAUUUAAAAUAAUUGUUACCAUCAUUUAAUUCAGCAUAAGGCUAACAGAUAGGAAGUCUCUAAAUUGCUUAAAGAUGUUUUUGCAAAAUACCAACUAUUCUGUAUUUCUUCAUUGAAAGUUAAUAGCUAUUGAUAGCUCUGGUCAUAUUUUGUUCUUAAGUCUAAUGAAUUCUUUUACUAUGUAGAUUCAUGACAGCUAAUUAGUACUGACUGAUUAAAGGUUUACUUUCCGGUCAUUUGGAAUUAUGUAAAAACAGUUGGACGCAAACUAAUGCAAUUAGAAAAUAAAAUAUGAAAUAACUUUCA